ACCAUAACUAACUGAUCCUCACUUCGACAACAACAUCUCACACACGUCUCAUCAAAAGACUGAAACAUGUCUGCAUCAAAGUACCUGAAUCAGGACUACGAGGUACUACGGGAUCAGUGUUUAAAGGAAGGGAAGCUAUUCUGCGAUCCUAAUUUCCCGGCUGCGCCCGAGUCUCUGGGCUGGAAUGAAUUCGGACCUAAUUCAGCCAAAACCAAGGGGGUGGAAUGGAAAAGACCUGGAGAGAUACAUCCCAAACCCCAGUUCAUCAUAGCAGGAGCCACAUGUGCUGACGUCUGCCAGGGAAGUCUGGGCGACUGCUGGUUGGUGGCGGCUAUUGCUGCUCUCACUCUGGACAAAGACAUUCUCGCUCGCGUGGUUUAUCCUGAGCAGAACUUUACGGAUAAUUAUGCUGGCAUCUUUCACUUUCAGCUGUGGCAGUACGGCGAGUGGGUGGACGUCGUUGUCGACGACAAGCUUCCCACCAAAAACGGAGAGCUGCCGUUUGUGAAAUCAACAGAACAAACUGAAUUCUGGAGUGCGCUCCUGGAGAAGGCUUAUGCUAAGGUAAACGGUUGCUAUGAGAAUCUCUCCGGAGGUUUUGCCAGUGAAGCCAAUGAGGAUUUCACAGGAGGAAUUGCCGAGUGCUACAAACUACGCGAAGCCCCACCGAACCUGUUUAACAUCAUAGAGAAAGCUCGGCGUCGGGGUUCUCUGCUCAGCACUCACAUUUCUACCAGCGAUGGAAAAAAAGAAGAACAGACCAGAGAGUGUCUGGUGCAAAAUCAUGUCUACUCCAUUACAGCAGCCCAGAAGGUGCAAGUGAGUAAGAGUGAGGUGGAACUGGUUCGUCUCAGAAAUCCCUGGGGCCACAAAGAGUGGAACGGUGCCUGGAGCGAUGGCUCCAGAGAAUGGGAACCAGUCUCACCAGAGGAUAAAAAGAAGCUUAAUUACUCAGCUGAUGAUGGAGAGUUCUGGAUGACAUAUGUAGAUUACAUUCAGCGUUAUUCAAGGCUAGAGAUUUGUAACUUGACCCCAGACUCUCCAAGCGAUGACAGUCUGAGAUGUUGGAACUAUUGCCAAUUCGAGGGCUCCUGGAAAAAAGGCACCUCUGCUGGUGGCUCCCGGAAGUUCCCAGCUACAUUCAGCACUAACCCGCAGUUUCGGGUGGAACUGGACAUCGACAGUAACGGCGAUAACAAAUGUUCAGUACUUGUGGCACUGAUGCAGAUUGGUGCACGACAAGCCACACAAAAAGGAGGCAAAAACUACAGCAUUGCCUUCUACAUCUACAAGGUCCCAGAUAAGUAUAAAGGAAAGCAGAACAUCUCCCUUGGACCUGAUGAUCUCCAGAAACUGGUGGAUAAAAGCGAAUGCGCGCAAAAGCGGGAGGUGUGUCAACGCUUUGACCUUCCGCUCGCUGAAUACGUCAUCAUUCCUGCCACCUAUGAGGCAAAUCAAGAGGCCGACUUCCUGCUGCGGGUGUUUUUUGAGAAGUAGGCAAUCAAUAUAUGCAAAUUAACUGCUAUGCAUUUCAUUUAUAUUUUACACUUAUGAUUUUUUUUUUUUUAAUGUUUCUUUAAUUAUUUAUUUUAUGAUAACUGGGAAUCAUUUGCAGGUUAGUGUCGGCCACUUUAUCGCACUUUUCUUUCAGCAUUGUUGAUAAAACGAUAGCAGCUGGUUAUGUAAAAUUACAUCAUUACUUUAAGUUGCUUUUUAUUUUUAAUAAUUAAGGCUUUGGUGUGGACCGUAUUUCAGUACAUACAUUAGUUGAAAGCAUAUUUCACAAUAAUUGUUGGCAUACUUUUACAAGGCUACGUUAUAUGAUUUCCUGUUCUUGGUAAUCGUGUUCCUGUCUCCUGGUUAUUAGGCAAUAUGAUUAGACAAUAAGAUCCUUUAUGUGCUCUUCUUCAAGUAAUGAUAUUUCUAAAUGUUCCUGGAUUAUAAGGGUGUACUUAUUUUUUUUUUCUUACCUGAUUUCUGAAUGGUGAUUUAUGGUUCU